GUAACGGCACACGAGGGGAUCCUGCACGCCGUGGGAAGUGGAGUUCCUCCAGUAACAAAGGAUUACUGCAUAAUUUACAAUUCUAAUUGGACAUCCCUUUCAAAAAACCUGGACAAUGCUACUUACUGGACUCUGGAAAACCUGACUUCUACAGUCCUCUGCAGUUCAUCCGAAGUUCGUCCUGGAGUAAUGAAGGACAAAGCAGUUGUAGUGAUGAGAGGAAACUGCACUUUCUUGGAGAAAGCAAGAAUUGCACAAAGUUUGGGUGCUAAAAUGCUCCUGAUUGCCAGUAAAUCUAGGCUGUAUUCUAUUUCAGAUAACAAGACUGAUUUUGAAGAUGUGACUCUUCCAGUUGCUCUUAUAAGAUAUAAUGACAUAGUAGAUAUGCAGCUGGCACUUGGAAGUGAAGUGAAUGUGACUUUGUAUUCACCACCUUUGCCAGAGUUUGAUUACAGUAUGGUUGUCAUCUUCCUAAUUGCUGUGUUCACUGUGGCACUGGGAGGCUACUGGAGUGGAGUAGCAGAAUUUGAGAAUUUGAAAGCAAUAGCAAGUCCUGGGGAGAGAGAAACCAGACAGAAGAAGGAAGAAAAUAUUACUUUCACCCCUGUAACAGUUAUCUUGUUUGUUGUCAUCUGUUGUGUCAUGCUGCUCUUACUUUAUUUCUUCUACAAAUGGUUGGUAUAUGUUAUAAUCUCAGUCUUCUGCUUGGCAUCUGCAAUGAGCCUGUACAACUGUCUGGCAGCAUUAAUUGGAGAAAUACCAUAUGGGCAGUGCAGGAUUACAUGUUGCAACAAAACCAUUGAAGUGAGGCUUAUUUUUCUUGCUGCAUUCUGCAUAGCAGCAGCUGUUGUCUGGGCAGUGUUUCGAAAUGAAGAUAGGUGGGCUUGGAUUUUGCAAGAUAUUUUGGGAGUUGCUUUCUGCCUAAACUUCAUCAAAACACUGAAAAUGCCCAACUUUAAGUCCUGUGUAAUACUUCUAGGCCUUCUCCUUCUAUAUGAUGUGUUUUUCGUCUUCAUAACACCAUUUAUCACAAAGAAUGGGGCAAGUAUAAUGGUUGAAGUUGCAGCUGGUCCCUUUGGAAACAGUGAAAAGAGUGAUGGAAACUUGGUGGAAGUCCCUACUGAACGCACAGCUCCCCAUGAGAAAUUACCUGUGGUUAUUAGAGUGCCUAGACUUGAACACUCUGCAUCAACACUGUGUGACUUGCCAUUUUCAUUGCUGGGUUUUGGAGACAUUAUUGUCCCAGGGCUUCUGGUUGCCUAUUGUCGGAGAUUUGAUGUGCAAACAAGUUCAUCUUCUGUAUACUACAUUUCCUGCACAAUAGCUUAUGCCGUUGGUAUGGUGUUGACUUUCAUUGUUUUGGCAUUAACAAAGAUGGGACAACCUGCUCUUCUCUAUCUUGUACCAUGUACACUCAUUACUAGCUCACUUGUUGCCUGGAAGCGCAAAGAGAUGAAGAAGUUUUGGAAAGGAAGCAAUUACCAGGUAUCGGACCCCUCCAGGAUGCCUUUGCUACAAGAUGAUGGAACACCUGGAUUACACAGGAAAUGAAGAAGGCACAGUACCAGCCACUGAGCAGCCUGGAGGACAAUAACGUGUGGGAUCCUGAUUUAAAAUAGCAUUUGAAUUUUCUACAACUGAAUUACAGUUAAUUGGGUGAAAUUUUACAAUAGAGUAUUUCCCACUCUGUGUAAAAGGGUUUUUUUUUAUUCCUGCACCUAUAUUUUUAUGGAAAAUAUUGUUAAUAACAUAAGAGUGAUCAAAAAUGACUUGCAUUUUUACAGCCAAACCAUAGCUAGCACAACCGUGCCUUAUUUUGAUUUAAAUAAAAGGAUAUUUUCUAUGCA